AGGGAUAUCUCCCAGUUAGCGACGGACGCGUAGGUGAUUGAACACCCAAGAUAUCUUGCCAUGAACGCUUUCGAGAAGCCUCAGAUCAUCGCGCACAUCCAGAAGAGCCUCAACUACACGGUGUUUGACUGCAAGUGGGUACCCUGCAGCGCCAAAUUCGUGACGUUGGGCAACUAUGCCCGGGGCACUGGCGUCAUUCAGCUCUACGAGAUCCAGCACGGGGAUGCGACGCUGCUGCGGGAGAUUGAAAAGGCCAAGCCCUUUAAAUGUGGAACGUUUGGUGCAGCAUCUCUUCAGCAAAGAUAUUUAGCUACUGGGGAUUUUGAUGGAAACCUGAGUAUAUGGAAUUUGGAAGCUCCAUUGAUGCCUGUAUAUUCUGUCAAAGGCCAUAAGGAAAUCAUAAAUACAAUAGAUGGUGUGGGUGGCUUAGGAAUUGGAGAAGGAGCACCAGAAAUUGUAACUGGAAGCCGAGAUGGAACAGUGAAGGUAUGGGAUCCCAGGCAAAAAGAUACUCCUGUUGCUAAUAUGGAACCUGUACAAGGAGAAAGCAAGAGAGACUGUUGGACUGUUGCAUUUGGCAAUGCUUACAAUCAAGAGGAACGUGUUGUAUGUGCUGGCUAUGACAAUGGGGAUGUUAAACUAUUUGAUCUGAAAAAGAUGUCUUUGAGAUGGGAAACAAAUAUUAAAAAUGGGGUUUGUAGUGUGGAGUUUGACAGGAAAGACAUCAAUAUGAAUAAACUAGUAGCAACAUCACUAGAAGGAAAAUUCCAUGUUUUUGACAUGAGAACGCAGCAUCCCACCAAAGGGUUUGCAUCUGUUUCAGAAAAGGCUCAUAAAUCUACUGUGUGGCAAGUCCGACACCUGCCCCAGAACAGAGAGAUCUUUAUGACCGCUGGAGGUGCAGGGGGCCUUCAUCUGUGGAAGUAUGAAUACCCUGUUCAACGUUCAAAGAAGGAUUCUGAGGGUGUGGAGAUGGGAGUAGCAGGUUCAGUCAGUCUGCUGCAGAAUGUAACACUGUCAACACAACCCAUUUCCAGCUUGGAUUGGAGCCCAGACAAAAGGGGUCUCUGUGUCUGCAGUGCAUUUGAUCAAACAGUGAGAGUGCUUAUUGUUACAAAACUCAAUAAAGUUUGAUCUAAGAACUUUGGACCUUGGAACUUUCCAGGGAAACAUCUUAGAAUUUAAGAUGUUUGUGUAAAAGGAUGACAUUUCUGUUUCUGUCUGCUGGUGCUCACUGAACAGAGCUGAGGUUGGUUGGUACCCAAAAUGCAAACCAGCAUGAAAUGUGGCCUGGGAUUUGGGGAUGUGGAAUCCAAGGAGCGAUGCUUUCUUUACCUGACUGAGCCUUCACUUGCUACUACAGAGCAUGAAAGUGGUAGGGCUCUUUGAAUGAACUGCUUUUGGAUCAAAGCAAUGCAUUUUUUAAAUUUCCAACAAAACAUCUCUAUUUUUUUAUAAUUUUGCCUCUGUUUAAUGUGUUCUAUAUUUCCAGUUUUUCUUUACAACUGUACUUCACUGUGAUGUGUACAUCAUUGUACUGUAAAUCAUCUAUUUAAAAGAAUUUGCUUUGAAAAUUGCCAUAAAUUAACCUUAGUAAACAUAUUCACUCUGGCAUUUCAGUGUCACUUUCUUUGCAGUAUUUAUUAGACCCAGAACCAACCGAUUAUUUUUUACUCAUCAAUGCUCUCUUAAAAUCUACUCUAAAGCAUUAUGAUUUGCAAAAAUCACUUUUCAAAAUUUAACAAAAUUACUCUUAUUAUUGAAAGAUAAGGAUUUCAUUUAUGUUUCUAAGACUUUUCCAUUGUUUUAUUAUAAUCAUUUAUGACUAUUGAAGAUGUACAAGAUUAUGAAGUGUGGGUAGACUGUUGAUUUUUGGCAAAGCUUUUUUAUAUAUUUUAUAUAUAAAUAAACUUCCAGUUUCUAAAUUGUAAA